AGCUGGUGAGUGUCCUUGACAGGGCCUCGAGGUGCGCGUGUGGUCUGGGUGCCAGAGACCCUUACUCAGGGGCCUCUGGGGGACCUCAGGGGACCAGACUACCGUCCCCGACCCGUUCGAGUCCAGCUUGACCUUUAAGGCUGAGGGCGGGACCUGUGGCAUUGGAGCGAGUCUCAUGGGGUGGGGGCGGGGCUUCUUUUACCAGCUAGGAAUUUAGGGGAUGCUGGAGGAACUUACUAGAGUAGCCGCACACUUGACGGGAACGUUUGAGUUUCAGAACAAUCCCGUAGGAGUAGAUAUUAUUAUCUCCCAUAAUGAAGAAACGGAAGCUCACAUAGGUAAUUUUACCAGGGUCACUCGGUCAGAAAGUGAGGGCGCUUAAAUUCAGACCUAGGUCUCUCCGACUCCUAAGCCUGGGCUUUUAACCACAACUCUGUGCCACCCAGUGGCAAAACAGUUGUCAUUUCAGUAGCCCUUCUCCAUUUACUUAACCGUGACAAAUAGUAUUGUCAUUUACGUUUUACAGAUGAGACGGAAGUCCUGAGAGUUUGACCGAUUUAAGGUCACGUGCCUAGGAAGUGCUGGAACCAAGACUCUUUCAGACUUUUCUCUAAGUUUAGUGCCUUUUUUUUUGUUUUAAACUACACUAUUGCAUUUCCCCCCAUUUUGGAAAGCUUUAUAGUUGGAAAGAAUGAAAACCUGAUCUGACCCCUUCAUUUUAUGGUUGAAACAAAACCUAAGUAGGAGAAAUCACUUGGUACAAGUCACAAGUCAGUGGUAGAGCUGCCGCAAAUGCUUUUUGAAUACGUGUGAUUAUGAAUCUAAAUGGCGGAUGGCAGGGAGUGAUAAGUGGAUGUUGCCAAGGAUUGUCUUCAGUCAUGGCCUUGGGAUUAAAGUGCUUCCGCAUGGUCCACCCUGCCUUUCGCAAUUAUCUUGCAGCCUCUAUCAGACCCGUUUCAGAAGUUACACUGAAGACAGUGCAUGAAAGACAACAUGGCCAUAGGCAAUACAUGGACUAUUCAGCUGUACCAGUCCGCCAUUUUGCUACCAAGAAAGCCAAAGCCAAAGGGAAAGGACAGUCCCAAACCAGAGUGAAUAUUAAUGCUGCCUUGGUUGAGGAUAUAAUCAACUUGGAAGAGGUGAAUGAAGAAAUGAAGUCUGUGAUAGAAGCACUCAAGGAUAAUUUCAAUAAGACUCUCAAUAUAAGGACCUCACCAGGAUCCCUUGACAAGAUUGCUGUGGUAACUGCUGAUGGGAAGCUUGCGUUAAACCAGAUCAGCCAGAUCUCCAUGAAGUCGCCACAGCUGAUAUUGGUGAAUAUGGCCAGCUUCCCAGAGUGUACAGCUGCAGCUAUCAAGGCUAUAAGAGAAAGUGGAAUGAAUCUGAACCCAGAAGUGGAAGGGACGCUAAUUCGGGUACCCAUUCCCCAAGUAACCAGAGAGCACAGAGAAAUGCUGGUGAAACUGGCCAAACAGAACACCAACAAGGCCAAAGACUCUUUACGGAAGGUUCGCACCAACUCAAUGAACAAGCUGAAGAAAUCCAAGGAUACAGUCUCGGAGGACACCAUUAGGCUAAUAGAGAAACAGAUCAGCCAAAUGGCCGAUGACACAGUGGCAGAACUGGACAGGCAUCUGGCAGUGAAGACCAAAGAACUCCUUGGAUGAAAGAAAGUCCACUGGGGCCAGCAAUACUCCAGAGCCAGUUUCUGCUGGAUCCCAUGGGUGGCACAUUGGGACCUCUCUCCCUCCACACAGAAGAUUGUCACCAUGCUGACAGAAGGCUGUCCUUGUGAGGCCCAGCCUUCCAGGGGAACACUCAGACAUGUUCAUUCUCUUCCUGCUUCUGCUCUGGGCCUUCUGAUGUGGGUGGCUCUCAGAAAAUACUUGCUGCUGGCAAAGGGCCUGUACUCAGGCAUUUGCUUUGACUUGAUGUUGCCAAGGGACUGAGGCCAUUGGCAGGCUUAGUACCACCUGCUCCUCAUCUUAGGAGCCUCCUUUUCGAAUAAUUAGGCUCUGUUCCCAUUUUAAAACUCUGAUAUUGGCCUUCACCUGUGACUGGACACUUUACUAGAGGCCCAUUUUCACUAAACAAUAAAAUCUAAAUAAAUUGGAAGGAAUAACAACCACAAAGGAAAGAAUAGAGUUGGUCUGGAUUGAUGAUCACUGAGGAUCUGUAUGUGAGGCACCCAGAACAGUAGUUUUGCUUGUGAGUCAUCUUCACACAUGCUCUUUUCUCUGCCUGGAUCUCUCUUCCCCUCCUUACCUGGCCAGUCCUGUUUAUCAUCAGGCCUUGUCUUAGAUAUCACAUCCUCUGGGAAGUCUUCUUUUCCCCUCUAACCUAGGACCCUCAUUACCGGCUCUCAUAGCACAGUCUACUGCUUUGUACGAACUCUAAGUAUUCUUUUUGCAUGUAAUUAGCCUGUAUAUCCUCAGAACUUUGUGAAAUGCCUGGAGCAUAGUAGGCAGUCAUAUGUUGUAUUGUGAAUAAAUUGCACAUAGUAGCUACCCAGCAAA